AGUGUUCGACUGCAAACAAACAUGGAAGACGGAGAAGGAGGUCUGAGCUUCGACUUCGAAGGCGGUCUCGACGCCGCACCUACGCAACCCACCGCAUCCGUUCCCGUUAUUCACCAAUCCACCGACAACGGUCCACCGUCUUCCGCCGCACACCUCCCCUACUCCGCCGCCGCCCCUCCGUCCUCCGCCACCGAUCCUGCUUCCGCCGCCACCGCCAACGCCAACUUUCCCGGCCGGAGGAGCUACCGUCAAACCGUAUGCCGCCACUGGCUCCGCAGCCUGUGUAUGAAAGGAGAAGCCUGUGGAUUCCUCCAUCAGUAUGAUAAAUCACGAAUGCCUAUUUGUAGGUUUUUUAGGUUGUACGGAGAGUGCCGUGAACAGGAUUGUGUUUAUAAGCAUACUAAUGAAGAUAUCAAGGAGUGCAACAUGUACAAGUUGGGGUUUUGUCCAAACGGUCCUGACUGUCGAUAUAGGCAUGCAAAGCUCCCGGGACCUCCUCCUUCGGUGGAAGAAGUACUCCAAAAGAUUCAGCAAUUAACUUCCUACAAUUACGGCAAUUCUAAUAGGUUUUUUCAAAACCGAAACGCCAACAACUCGCAACAAUCUGACAAAUUUCAAUUUCCACAAGGUAACAAUGAUGCAAAUCAAGGUGCUAAACCUAGUACCACAGAUUCUGCUUCAAUGCAGCCUGCAGCACCUUUGUCGCCACAUCAGCAGCAACAGGUUAGCCAGUUAGCUCAGUCCCAAGCGCAGUCAAAUGGUCAACAAAAUCAAGCAAAUAAAACUGCUAUACCCUUGCCUCAAGGAACAUCAAGGUAUUUUAUUGUAAAAAGUUGCAACCGUGAAAAUUUUGAGUUGUCGGUUCAACAAGGAGUGUGGGCCACCCAAAGAAGCAACGAGGCUAAACUAAACGAGGCUUUUGACUCUGUUGAAAAUGUUAUUUUAAUAUUUUCUGUGAACAGGACACGCCAUUUUCAGGGCUGUGCGAAAAUGACUUCUAAAACUGGUGGUUCUGUUGGUGGCGGCAACUGGAAAUCUGAACACGGUACUGCACAUUAUGGACGGAAUUUCUGUGUUAGAUGGCUUAAGCUAUGUGAACUGUCCUUUCAUAAAACUCGACACCUGAGGAACCCUUACAAUGAGAAUUUACCUGUGAAGAUAAGCAGAGAUUGUCAGGAACUAGAGCCCUCGAUCGGUGAACAAUUGGCCUCUCUUUUGUAUCUUGAACCCGACAGUGAACUCAUGGCAAUAUCACUUGCAGCAGAAUCAAAACGAGAAGAAGAGAAGGCGAAAGGAGUAAAUCUAGAGAAUGCAACCGAAAAUCCCGAUAUUGUUCCGUUUGAGGACAACGAAGAGGAGGAGGAAGAAGAGAGUGAGGAAGAGGACGAUAGUUACGAACAGGGUUUCGGCAUGGCGGCACAAGGCGGCAGAGGGAGAGGCAGAGGGUUAUGGCCACCUCAUAUGCCGCUAGGAAGGGGGCCUCGCCCUAUGCCCGGAAUGAGAGGUUUCCCCCCUCUCAUGAACAUGAUGGGGCCCGAUGGAUUUUCUUACGGUGGAGUUGGGCCCGACGGGUUUCCCGUCCCCGAUCUUAUGAACAUGGGCCCGCGUGGAUUCGGUCCGUUCGGGCCUAGGUUCCCUGGUGAUUUUCAACGCCCGCCGUUUUCUAAUAUGAUGUUUCAUGGCCGGCCCGGCCCGCAUGGGAAUUUUCCAGGGGGUGGAUUCGGGAUGAUGAUGGGCCCUGGGCCUGGACGGCCCCCAUUCAUGGGCCCGGGUGGAAGAGGCGGCCGGCCUGGUUUUCCACAGCAACAGCAGCAGCAGCUACAAACUUCUCAGAAUACUAGUCGGACUAAGAGGGAUCAAGCGGGAGGUAGCGGUAACGAUAGAUAUAGUGGGGGCGGCGACGGUGUUACUAUGGGCGGGAUUGAUGAUGAGACUCAACCUGGUGGUGGAAGUACUUUAAAAAACGGUGAAAGCGAGAGUGAAGAUGAGGCACCCAGGAGAUCUAGACAUGGUGAAACGAAGAAGAGGCGUGGGGGCUCGGAGGGUGAUGCCGCUACAGCCUCUGAUGACAAGGUUUAAUCGACGCCUGUAGCUUUUCGGAUCCCGCCUGACCUUUGGAACUUGAUAUAUGACUGUAUUGUGGUGUUAUUGAUGAUAGUUGGAUAUUUUUUUUUUUUUUUUUGUAGUAAUAAGUAGACAUCUGUUGGUUUUAUGUUUUUUUAAAAGAUAAUGUACAUUAGCUUCAUUUACACAAAAGCAACAAAAACAAGUGCCUAUGCAUUCAGCUGCUUUCCCUUAAAAUUUAGGGCAGUUUUCAUUU